AUGGACUUUGGAGGCAAGCGCUUGUUUGCAUUUCAUCUGAUUAUAGAGAUCAAAGACACAUACCACGGCCGUACACAGAACCUUGACUUUCUCCACCGCCUUCGUGUACUCAAGGAGCAGGAGCUUCUCAGGAAGAAGUGGCCGACGAUGAAGAAGAUGCUUACAGCACACAUCCAAAGAGAUAUAAAGAUCAACACCUCUUCUCUCAAUCUCUACCACAAGUCAAACCUCACAACUCUAUCUCCAUCAUCACAAGAUAUCGAACUUCCAUCUUCAAAUCAGCUAUUCAACAACCAACUUCUCUUCUCUCAACCACCACCACCCCCAAAAAUGCAAACUCAAGCACUCAUGGGCCGCGGCGGCUACAAUCGCACUUCUCCUAUCCUCGGCCGCGGAGGCUACAACCGCGACAUCAAAACCAGCGGCAUCAGUCGCCCCAGCAAUCCCUCCAGUUUAGUCGUGCGCUCUGCGCGUGUGGCUGCUGAUGAUGGCAGAGGUGGUUACAAUUAA